AUGCAACUCUCCUAUACAGCAGUAGCUGCAGCUUUGCUCGCCUUCAUGCUCGCGCCAGCAUUUCUCUACUAUUCUUCCCAGCUACUCCAUGCAGUUUUCGUUGAGAAGCAACUCAGCGUCAUCUUCUUUCUUCUCUGCAUAGGCGCAGCGGGAUGGUACCUCUGUCCGUCCAUGGAGGAGAGUAUGGCGAGUCUGGAGAGAGAGCGUGCAGAGCUGCAGCAUUUCGGACAUGUGGUUCCCACGUCUCCAGCUGCUUUGGAUCCGCCAUUUUCUUCCGCGCCAUUGUCUGUGACGGAUCCGACGUCGUCUCCAGCUACUUCCAGUCCCCCAGAUUCGCCAUUUUCUUCCGUGCCAUUGUUUCCGGCGGAUCCGACAUGGUCUCCAGCUGCUUCCGGUUCAUCAAGGAGUUCAAGAACCGACUCAACCUGCAGACGAGAAAGACGCGUAUGGAGUAAAAGUUAG